AUGGCAUCCUUGGCCAACCUCAUGAUCCCACUUUUCUCGCUCACCCUCAUGCUCCUGCAUGCUCCUGCACCUGCGGUAUGCGACGACCUAGGUGCAGGCCUCUCUCCAGGCCAUCGCACACACAUUGUGCUGCUGAGGCCACCCGUCGAAGCCGGCAGCGAGGACGACCACCGCUGGUGGCAGGAUUCCUUCCUGCCAACGCCUCUCGCCGGCUCCUAUGAGCCACGCCUCAUCCAUACCUACACUGAGGUCUUCACGGGGUUUGCCGUGAGGCUCACCGAAGACGACCUUGCCGUGGUGUCCCAGAGGAAGGAGUUUCUGCGAGCGUUUCCAGACCAUCUCUGGCACCCCAGCACCACUCACACUCCGAAGUUCCUCGGACUGGAGAAAGAUGCCGGGCUGUGGAGGGACACCAACUAUGGCCAAGGAGUCAUAAUCGGGGUUCUGGACACCGGCAUAUACGCAGAGCAUCCUUCCUUUGAUGACAGCGGCAUCCCGCCACCCCCAUCAAAGUGGAAGGGCUCAUGCCAUGGCGCUGCACGCUGCAACAACAAAUUGAUAGGUGCCAAAUUCCGUAAUCCCAGAGCAUAUGAUUCCGGAGAUGACACGGGGCAUGGAACACAUACCUCGUCCACCGCAGCUGGGAACUUCGUCAGUCAUGCCUCAGCCCACGGCCUCGGCAGGGGCACAGUGCUCCACAUGCACACUUGGCCAUGUACAGGGUGUGCAUAA